AUGGGCCCCUUUCCGCUCUUUCGCUUUCUAUCCAGACUUCCUCGGCAACACCAGGAAGGAAAACAAGAACAGCAGCAGCGACACCGAAAAUCCAAGAAACGAUCCUAUUUUGUUUCGCUCACAAAGCAAAUGAAAACAAUUCCGGAAGAAGAAGAGCUAGAGGACAGUGCCGUUAUAAUUGACAACGAUGGUCAGCAGCAACAGCAAGAUUGCCCGACAUCGUCAAGCAACUACGACAACCACGGUGACAACGAUGGCAACAAAGGCGGCGGCGCCAGCGACGGAAAUCCCAAGGAUGGUGAAGUUGAACAAGAUCAAGCCGAUGCCUGGUUUACUCCUCCCAGUAGCACCAUAGAAACAACAGCAACAACAACAACAACUGGCCCUCUUCUUGCCAGUUAUGGCAAUGUUCUAAGUUUACCCGCUGCUGUCCUCAUGGCGGUGUUCCUGAAGUUGUCACUACAGGAUCGUUUCCAAUGCUCCAUCGUCUGCAAGAAAUGGCGCGACGAAGUAUCCUUGGCGAUAAUGCAUCCUAUAAUCACCAAUCAUGGUGGUGCGUGUCUAUUGAACAACGUGCUGCAAAAGUUCCCUGGCGGAUGGCAAAGUCAAGCCCAUCGUAUACGCGCGCUUCAUUGCACAUACGAUAACGCUGACUCCGGCCGGUUUGAAAAAGCCGAGGUGGACAUGUAUCUCGUACUCGAAGAACUAGCAAAGUUCAGAUGCGACAGACUGAAAGAAGCUAAAAUGACAAUUCAUGAUAUCCCGGACUUUUGGCUAAAGCAUGCAAUGCGCUUCAUGACGGAGCAUUUGGUCGAUCUUACUGUGGUGUUUCAUUCUAAAGUGCGUGCGGAUUUGUUGGCCUGGACUAGGCACAUUCUGAUUCUGUAUCCCGCUCUCCAAUGCCUCACCGUGCAUCAGACCCCAUGGGUGACUCCAGAAGCACAAAAUGGAGGUGCUUUUCGACACCUGCGCCCGUUUUUUGAUACAGCAAAUCGCGACACCUUUGAUCAUGACACCCGCGGCUUCCAUCAUUUCUCCCUCAAGUACCUAGUGAUAUCUGGCAAGCGCUACUAUGACGGUGAUAAUGUGCAAAGUUCAGUGGCUUUGGUUCAGCUGCUACGAUGUGUCCCAAACUUGCGUCAUCUCGGCUACGCGACACAAGACUUUCGCGAUCCACAAAAUAGCAUGCUUUCUGCCCUGUAUUUUAAUUUGAUCUCUGCCUGUCCUGAUCUUGUGUCGCUCGAUAUUGACGUAAUAUCCCGGGAUCCAGGAGUCUUUCCCGACGAUGGGAACAGCCCUGAUUGUGUUAUUACGGAAUAUACUCGUCCGAUCGAGUUUGUGCAAAAAAAGUUGGACAACUGUCCUGUUCAUGCUGUUCGAGCUGGGAGGCACUGGCUACAGUUUUUGCGGAUUCAAGAAAGCAAUGAACCGGACCACUACAUUCCCAAUGUGAAGGAUAUCAUAUCCAAGCAUCACAACACGCUUACCGUCAUGGACCUGGCCAAUCUGUUGCCUCCUGUGAUCCAGCAAAUGGCCACCAUAGACUUUAACUGUCUUCGAGAGUUGACUUGCCGAGGCAUACGGUUCUAUACCCUCAGGGUUAGAACGAUCAGAAAGACUACAAGAACAACGGUGACUGACGAGACGAAGGUUUCACACGCUGAUGAAGAUGUCGAACUUGCUUCUGGCAUUACUCCCGUCGACUGGCAGCAGCAGCACCGCGGCGAGCUAUCUCAGGCAUUGGAAGAGCAACGACAAAUCAUGUGGUUGCGACAGCAACAACUAUUUGAAGAUGACGAUCUAAAUGGACCAGAAGUACAAGUCAUUGACGACCGUCGCGUGUCUUCGUUCUUGAUGCGAGCGCCUCAACUUGAACGUGUCGAACUCUAUCAUGUAUUGGCCGAUGAAGAGUUCUUUUUGGACUUGAUCGAACUGGAAAACUUGCAAACUCUCGCUGUGGUCAAUUCGCUUGGUGAGAACAUAAGACAAGCCAUCCAGACCGUCAAGGAAAGCUCGUUUAUUGAAGUGAUUUGGAAUAAUGGGGACGAUUAGGGAGCGGCUGUAAUUGCAGUAGCAGUAAUGUCAUACCGCCUCUCACAUCUCAUUUUUUAGUACAAAACUUUUUUUUUCUGUAAUG